CCAAGUCAUUAAACAACUUGGCUUUUCUCUAAUAAAGCCCCUCCCUCUCCGAUUAACUUCUCUAAAUAAACCGGAGGGAGAAAAAAAAAUCAAAAAAAAGUACAGAAAACAAAAUAUUAUUUUUUUGUUUAUAAAAAAAAAACCUUAAAAAAUGAUUGGAAAAGUUGUUGUUUCGGUAGCCUCCAUCCUCUUAGUGGUCGGAGUAGUCAUAGGAGUCGUUGCCUUCGUUAACAAAAAUGGAGACACUCCUCUGUCUCCGCAGAUGAAGGCGGUUCAAGGAAUUUGCCAGGCAACUUCCGACAAAGCUGCAUGUGUCAAAACUCUCGAGCCGGUCAAGAGCGAUGACCCAAACAAGCUAAUCAAGGCCUUCAUGCUCGCAACCCAAGAUGCAUUAACCAAAUCAUCAAACUUCACGGGUAAAACCGAAGGAAACAUGGGUUCGAGCAUCUCUCCAAACAACAAAGCCGUUCUUGAUUACUGCAAGAGGGUUUUCAUGUACGCACUUGAGGAUCUUGGUACCAUUGUUGAGGAAAUGGGUGAAGAUCUUAACCAGAUCGGGAGCAAAAUCGACCAGCUUAAACAAUGGUUAACUGGUGUUUACAACUACCAAACCGAUUGUCUUGACGAUAUCGAAGAAGAUGAUUUGAGAAAGACGAUUGCUGAAGGCAUUGCAAGCUCCAAGAUUCUCACUAGCAACGCUAUCGACAUCUUCCACACUGUCGUCAGCGCGAUGGCCAAGCUUAACCUCAAGGUCGACGAGUUCAAGAACGUGACAGGCGGAAUCAUGGACAAAGGAGCAGCUGCCAUCGGCAAAGGAGCAACUCCUGCCGCUGAUGAAUCCCCCGUGGCUGACCCAGAUGGUCCUGCUCGCCGUCUUCUUGAAGACAUUGACGAGACCGGAGUCCCAACAUGGGUUUCUGGUGCUGACAGGAAGCUCAUGGCUAAUGCUGGACGUGGCCGAAGAGGAGGCGGUGCUAGAAUCAGAGCCAACUUUGUUGUGGCCAAGGACGGAAGCGGACAGUUUAAGUCGGUCCAAGAAGCCGUUAACGCUUGUCCCGAGAAAAACCCAGGACGAUGCAUCAUCCACAUCAAGGCUGGUAUCUACAGAGAGCAAGUUAUUAUCCCGAAGAAGAAGAACAACAUCUUCAUGUUCGGAGAUGGUGCAAGAAAGACCGUUAUUACUUACAACAGAAGUGUUAAGCUCAGCCCUGGAACCACCACUUCUCUUAGUGGCACCGUCCAGGUUGAAUCUGAAGGAUUCAUGGCGAAAUGGAUCGGGUUCAAGAACACAGCCGGUCCAAUGGGACACCAAGCCGUGGCUAUCCGAGUCAACGGAGACCGAGCCGUGGUCUUCAACUGCAGAUUCGACGGUUACCAAGACACUCUAUACGUGAACAACGGUCGUCAAUACUACAGGAACUGCGUGGUCUCAGGAACAGUCGACUUCAUCUUCGGAAAAUCAGCGACAGUUAUCCAAAACUCACUCAUCGUCGUGCGUAAAGGAAACAAGGGACAAUUCAACACGGUCACAGCCGACGGAAACGAAAAGGGAUUAGCCAUGAAGAUCGGUAUCGUCCUCCAGAACUGCCGCAUCGUUCCUGACAAGAAACUAGCGGCAGAGAGGUUAACCGUAGAGUCAUACUUGGGAAGGCCGUGGAAGCAAUACUCGACCACCGUGAUCAUUAACACUGAGAUCGGAGAUGUGAUUAGACCAGAAGGUUGGAAAAUUUGGGAUGGAGAAAGUUUCCACAAGACAUGUAGGUACGUUGAAUACAACAACCGUGGACCAGGAGCUAUCACCAAUAGGAGAGUUAACUGGGUUAAGAUCGCCAAGUCUGCUGCUGAGGUCAAUGACUUCACCGUCGCUAACUGGUUAGGUCCGGUUAACUGGAUUCAAGAAGCUAACGUGCCUGUCACGCUUGGACUAUAAAUUAAUUUACCAAAAAAAAAAACACAAUGUGGACUAGUACGUGUUCAUGUAAAAGGUGAAAAA